UGUGUCUCCCCGAGCGCCUCCUGACCGGCUGGGCACGCAGGCUCCCUGCAGACGUCCUGGACCGCGGCGGCUGCAGGGGCCCAGCUGCAGGGGCGCUUCCCGCCCCCUCCCGCUCGCCGGGGAACGUGCUCGCGGUCUCGGGACGGUGGCGGGGCUGCCCGGGAGACCCGCACGGCCACGGAGAGCAGGGCUCCUCACGAGCGGUGGGGAGGCCGGAGGCGACCGGUUCCUCACGAGUGCCGACCCCCCACGCUGCACCCUGCAGGGUGGCGACCUUCCCACACGGCCACCUGCCCACACGCCCCUGGACUGACACCAGUCCUGUUGCCUGAAGGAUGAGACCCGAGGACCCCUGCAGGGGCGCAGACCCUCUGAGACUCACGUGUCUCAGGGGAGGUCACACCCCUGCUGGCCGAGGACGGCGUCCCCUCACCGCACCCGGACGGACCCCCGUCCUGUCCUGGCCUCUCCUUCUCCAGAAGGUCCCCACAAUCCCGUGUCUAUGGCUGCUCGAUGUCCACCUGCCAUUGAGUCCCUCUGUCCCCUGUUCUCCCUUCUCUGCCACUCACCACCCACGCAGCCAAAGCGUCACUGUCCCCACGUGUGUGUUCUCUGUGGUUACCGACCAGCCCCGUGCGCCCGGGGAAGGGACUGGUCACCUUCACCAAUGAAUCGCAUGCCAGGACAGGGUCACUGCUCAAUAGACGUUGGCUCAUUGCCUGGAUGGUGGAAGGAAGGAAGCACAGCUGCAUUUACGGAGCCUCAGGAGGGGAAGUGACUUGCUCAAGGUCACACGGGCUCUAAAAGGCAGAGUCACCACUGGAGCAGAAGUCGGGCUGGGCGCCCUGCCCUCUGCGGGUGGUGGAGCUUGUGGGGUCUGGAGACAGCUCUGCUCUGAAGGGUCCCAGAGCCUGCUGCGGCCUCGGCCCCGUCCUUCAGGGAGCAGAGCGGGGCGCUGGGGGCUGUUCCCUCCGGAGAGGCCCCUGGAGAGGAACCCGACACGAGGCACAGGGAGCUGUCCUUGUCAGCACGCCCCGUGUCCGUCUGUCUGGCCACGGGGACAUGGGGGGCAGCGCCUCGACCACAACCCUCGCUGCCCUUCUCUGCCUCGGGCUGUGUCGGGGUCCCCGGGACCGCGUGCAGGCGGGGACCCUCCCCAAGCCCUCCAUCUGGGCUGACCCAGGCUCCAUGGUCACCAAGGGCAGCCCUGUGACCAUCCACUGUCAGGGGCCUCUGGAGGCUGCCAACUACACUCUGUAUAAAGAGGUCUCAGGAUCCUGGACAGUAGAUGGCGAGCGGAAGUACAGAGACAAAGCUGAUUUCUCCAUUGGAUCCACGGGCUCAAGCCUAGCAGGACGGUACCAGUGUGGAUACCAGAACGGGAGCAGAAAGUCAGAGCACAGUGACACCCUGACCCUGGUGGUGACAGGAGUGUACGACCCACCCUCCCUCUCGGCUGACCCAAGCCCUGUGGUGGCGUCAGGAGGGACCGUGUCCCUCAGGUGUAGGUCAGAGGUCACAGGGGGCACUUUCCACCUGCUGAAGGAGGGAGAAGCUGACUCACCCCAAAACGUGGUCCCGCUGUUCUCUGCUGGGGGGUGGCAGGCCCACUUCCCUGUGGACCCCGUGACCAUCUCCCAUGCCGGGACCUACAGAUGCUACACUUCUGAAACUAAAAGCCCCUACGUGUGGUCACUCCCCAGCGGCCCUCUGACCCUGGAGGUCACAGGCGUGUACAAGGAGCCCUCCCUCUCAGCCCGGCCUGGUGCGCUGGUGCCGUCUGGACACAGCCUGACCCUGCAGUGUCACUCGGAGGCCGGCUUUGACAGAUUCACCCUGACCAAGGAGGGGCUCCCGACCCCCCAGCCUCUGGGUGGGCAGCCCAGCCCCGACUUCCCCCUGGGCCAAGCGAAUGGCACCCACGGGGGCCGGUACAGAUGCUACGGGGCACACAAUGUGUCCCAUGCGUGGUCGGCCCCCAGCGCUCCCCUGGACGUCCUGGUCACGGGAAUGUCCGAGAAACCCUCCCUCUCGGUCCAGCCGGGGCCCUCUGUGUCCUGGGGAGAGACUGUAACCCUGCAGUGCCUCUCUGAGCUCUGGGGGGACUCCUUCCAUCUGUCCAAGGAGGGGUCACCUGCUCCUCCCCAGCACCUUCGAGGGAGAGACACAGCUGCACCCUUCCGGGCCAGCUUCACCUUGAACCCUGUCACCUCAGCCCACGGGGGCACCUACAGGUGCUACAGCUCAAACAGCAGUGCCCCCUUCCUGCUGUCACACCCCAGUGACCCCCUGGAGCUCUGGGUCUCAGCAUUUGGGGUGCAGACCCUCAGCCCCACGGAGGAACCUCAUGUCUGCUGGGUAACAAGGCCUCCAUGCCCAGAGGUUCAGGUUCCACCAGGCUUUGCCAGAUUCUCAGAUCACACAGUGGAGAAUCUCAUCCGGAUGGGCAUUGCUGGCUUAAUCCUGGUGGUCCUCGGGGUGCUGUUGUGUCAGGCUGGACACAGCCCGAAAACAACCCAAGAGGCGACCAGGAGUUAAACACAAGAGACGACAUCCCAGCAUCCAGCCAGGGCAAUCCUGGAAAAGCAAUCGUGUGUGACCAGGAGGCUCUGGAAUAAAAUCUGGAGCACGAAUUGAGGGAACUGCCUGCCCAGAAGGUCAGAGGAGUGGGAGGCAUGGGCAGCAGUUGCCGUGGGGAGACGUCCUGGAGAUCUGCCAUCAACACGGGGUGUUUCCUCUCCUCCACUAUUGAUUGCGCCCCACUGAUCCCCUUCUUUUCACACACAUAUCAUGUGAGGCUCCAUCCACAUGGCAGGCUUGGGACCACACCUGUACAGCCUUCAUGCUGUGACCCACGUUUACAUACACACACCCACUCUUCCUUGUCUUGAUCAGUCACAUUCCUUGAUGUACUUCUGUUCAGCUCAGAGCACAGAAUCUGCGUUAGGUAGCUGAAAAAAUGGGUAAAAAUCGGGUCCAGCACGGAAGAGGUAAAUCCAGACCCACUUCCUAAAUCCCCCUCGGGACUCACCAGGUGCUUCUCUCUCCAUCAGAUGACAGACGCAGUGCCGUGCUGGCAAACCAACUCUGAAAAGUAGUUUUUCCCAAGGCCCUGAUUCAUGGCAUUUGCCUGUUCCUUUGGUGUGAAUACUCCCUCAUGGCCAACUUCAAGACGCCAGUGUACGUGCAGCUGGGGUGGAAUGCAUAAGACGCCUCUCGCGAGUGUGUACCGUCCAGCCGGAGCCCAGCUCACCAGGGACCCUGAGCUGCACGCGUAUUUCUUCUGUUUUAAAGGCCAUGGUGAUUUCUGCCUCAAGGUUAUGCCACAGUUUCAGUGAGAUCGUGAUGCCCAAGUCCCAGUACAUCCACAUGACAGGCAAAAGGAGAAAAUGGGCCAUUGCGGGAGAAAUAGGGAGUGCCUAGAAUCCCAACACAAACUGGGAGGACUGAAAGCUGCUUCUGUCUGUUUGAGGAGGACACACGGCUCUGGCCCGUAACCGCACACAGGAACGUGUGUGGGCAAGCGUGUGGCACUUCCAAAAGAAUAUUGACAGGCAUGUCAUUCAAUCUAGACAAAUACUACAGAAAUCGAAACCACAGCCAGUGCAUGUGAUGUUAUAUAUGUGUAAUGGAAUAUUUUACAUCGGGAAAAGCACACACUGAAACUGUAAACAGGAAUACAGAUCACUUUUCAAGCACAAUAGCAAAGGGAAAUACUAAGCAUGAGGUAGUCAUUCCAUUGUGUGCAUUAAGUUCAAAGGAGAAACAAGCAUUAUUUGGGGGACAUAAUUCUGUUUAGGCCUGUAAAUAUUUGAAGGGAAACCGCAGGGUUUCCCUUGUAGCCACUACGAUGGUUGGUUCAAGAUGGAAGCCGCCAUCUGGAACUGGCAAUGUUCUCAGGGACUCAUUUAUGGGCCCCUAAGUCCACUUAUUGUCAUGGGUAAGUAACACAUUUCUAUCUAUAACCUAUGCUUAUAUUGUACAUGUUUUAGUGUGAUGGGAUUGGGUUAGGGUGGGGAAAGCCACGGCCUUCCCUUGACACUGUGUACCAACCAAAGUUGCUCCUGAUCUGAUUAAGCAAACACUUCACAUGCUGGCACUGAGGUUCCCUUAAAGCAUGACCACCCUCUACCUGUUCAGCCUCACCUGAGUCUACUGGACAGGAGCCACUCUCCGCUGAGAUACCGGGUCUCUGAACAAACACUUUGCCCAACAUCACAGGUUAUGUACUGAGGAAUGGGACGUGGGCUCCUGUGAGCUCCUGAGCCCCUCAUGUCCAUGAAUCUGAAUGGGAUGGAGGUCACCAAUAUGGACUUGGGGGUAUUUCAGAGACGGGGUUCACCUGCCUUAGUGUGGGUUGUCAAUAUCAAUGCCAUAGGGCCUGAUGGGAGCAACUCAUUCUGCCAUCCUGUUGACAUGGCUCUGAGCCUGUUUUUUUGAUUCUCACAUUCUCCGUGUUUCAUGUGAUGUAAUUUCAUCAUCCUUUUGUCUUACUAUUUCACAAGUUGAACAAAUAUUCCAUGUUUUAGUAUUUUACUUCUUUCAUGAAACAUUGGAUUUUUAAAUAACACCUUCCUAUUGCUGAUUGCAAAUAAAAUUGCAGAUUACUCAGGGAAUAUGAUGUCUACCCUGACAGUAUGAAAAUAAUUGGAGUACAUUUUGUCUAAUAAAUGCUUAACAUUUUAGGGACAACAUGGGCCGUAAAUAUGUUUGUUCUCUAUUACCAUGCACAUAACAUUAUGUGUUAUUUACUUAUUUUUAUACAAUAUUUUUCAGAAAUCAUUUUAUGCAUUAUAUAUAAUAUAAAUAAUGCAAAGCUUUUUAGACACAUCAGAUUAUGCAUUAAAGUGUGUCACUUACAUUUUUAAAAAUUCUUUUCACCUUCUUAAUUUAAACAUUUGGUUGAAUCGCCAAUUAUGUAUUAACACAUGCUUUAUGUAUUUCAAGAAUGUGUGAUUAGAGAACUUAUGUUUUGGAGUGCUUUACUUUUGCAGUGAACAUAUUAUUUUAAAAGAUGAAAAUUUUUUAACACUUUUGCCUUAUAUUCAAUGAGAUUAAAUAUUUAUAUACUUA